AUGGACAGAAACCAAUUGCAACGCCAGGUUGCCCUCAAGAGAAGCUCUCUGUUUGAGCAGCAGUUCCUGGAUUCACAGCAAUUCGUACAGCUGGAGGAUUUGGAAGACGAUGCUAACCCAAAUUUUGUGGAGGAAAUUGUGACAUUGUUCUACAAAGACUCAGCUAGACUGUUCCAAAAGAUUGAACAAACCAUGCAAAGUAGACCAAUUGAUUUUGGCAAGCUGGAUGAUUACGUGCACCAGUUCAAGGGUAGUAGCUCAAGCAUUGGAGCUAUAAAGGUGAAGAAUGAAUGCUCCCAAUUUAAGGAAUUUUGUUCGGCAGGAAAUGCUGAAGGCUGCUUCUGGGCUUUCCAGAGAGUGAAACAAGAGCACCACACCUUGAGGAUCCAACUGGAAUCUUACUUUCAGGACUGGUACGACGUGUCUGAGUGGCAACAGAUUGCCUGA